CUUUGGUUCUUUAGAGGGUUUUGAUCCAAAGUUGCUUUUCUCAUACCAAAAUAUCUUUGCUUUUUUCUCAUUCUCGAUCAAAGAGAACCAUGUCGAGAACCGCUGGCCUUGUGAUUUCCUGUACAGCGGCGGUUGCGUGGGAGGCUGGGAGGCCUCUGGUGAUGGAGCGUGUGGAGGUUGCGCCACCACAAGCCAUGGAAGUUAGAAUCAAAGUCAAAUACACUUCACUUUGUCACACUGAUCUUUACUUCUGGGAAGCCAAGGGCCAAACAUCACUGUUCCCUCGCAUAUUUGGUCAUGAAGCAGCUGGAAUUGUGGAGAGCGUUGGGGAAGGGGUGAGGAACCUAAAGAUAGGAGAUCACGUUCUUCCAGUCUUCACAGGAGAAUGUGGGGAAUGUGGGCACUGCAAAUCUGAGGAAAGCAACAUGUGUGACCUACUCAGAAUCAACACAGACAGAGGAGUCAUGCUUAGUGAUGGAAAAUCCAGAUUUUCCAUUAAUGGCACUCCUAUAAGUCACUUUCUGGGCACAUCAACUUUCAGUGAAUACACUGUUGUCCAUGCUGGUUGUCUAGCCAAGAUCAACCCUUUGGCACCUUUAGACAAAGUAUGUAUUCUCAGCUGUGGCAUCUCAACAGGAUUGGGUGCAACUCUGAAUGUGGCAAAACCAAAGAAGGGAUCCACAGUUGCUGUGUUUGGACUAGGAGCUGUUGGCUUGGCUGCUGCUGAGGGAGCAAGAAUUGCUGGGGCAUCAAGGAUUAUAGGGAUUGACUCGAACCCUUCAAGGUUUGAAGAAGCCAGAAAAUUUGGUAUACAUGAGUUUGUGAAUCCCAAUAACCAAGACAGACCAGUACAAGAGUUCAUUGCAGAGAUAACUAAUGGUGGAGUUGACAGGAGCAUAGAGUGUACUGGCAGCGUUAAUGCUAUGAUCUCUGCUUUUGAAUGUGUUCAUGAUGGAUGGGGUCUGGCUGUGCUUGUGGGAGUGCCCCACAAGGAUGAAAUGUUCAUGACCAAACCCAUUAAUGUUCUCAAUGGAAGAACACUCAAAGGAACUUUCUUUGGGAACUACAAACCUCGCUCUGAUCUUCCCUCAGUUGUGGAAAUGUACAUGAACAAGAAACUGCAAGUGGAAAAGUUCAUAACCCAUCGAUUACCUUUCUCAGAGAUCAACAAGGCUUUCGAGUACAUGCUGAAAGGGGAAGGACUGAGGUGUAUUAUUAAUAUGGAAGAGUGAAUCGAAGUUGAACCAAGAAAGUAUGAGUUUAGUGCAAUUAUUUUCUUGCCUAGAAAGACAUGGAAUAAGAAGCCUCUUGUUUAGCUUGUAAUGAAAAUAAUUUUAAUAAAAGUUCAAUUCCUAAUGCUUACUUUACUGCUA